UCGGGCCAGAAGCAACAGUUUCAGUUGGAAGAUCGCGCUCAGUUGGUUUGGACGUAUUCGCGGAGUGAGAGCACGCCAUCUACCACUUUUGUGUCGUUUGUUUUGAAGCCGCUCUUGAACUACGGACAGCGUGUGAGGCACAGAGCAGGCGAAUAAGAAACAAACAAACCGUUGUUGCUCUCGCAGUUGUUGUUGCUGUGUUGGCUAUGAAAAUGAUUGGAAGCGAUUACGUACUGGAAGCGCACAACAUAUUCCAUACCACCGAGGUGGAUGGCGGGGGCUGCUUCAAUGGAGCCGGCAAUUCGGCGCUGGUGCUCAAAGGCGUCAAUCUCACCGUUCACAGUGGCGAAGUGAUGGCCAUACUGGGCUCCAAGGGCAGUGGUAAGCGCGCCUUGUUGGAUGUCAUUUCGAGGCGCUCCGAUGGCGCCACUCGUGGGCAGGUGCUGCUGAAUGGUUCACCGUUGUCCAAGGCCUUGUUCCAGCAGCGCUGCGGCUAUGUGACACAAUCCUGCACCUUUGUGCCCGGCCUGACGGUGGCCCAGACGCUGCACUACACGCCAACAAUUUUGAGUGGCUAUCUGAAGAGUUCGAAGGUGCGACAAGUGCUGGCUGACUUGGCGCUAUCGCAGGUGGCCCACAAGCGUGUGGAGUAUCUGAACAUCAGUGAGGCGAGACGCCUGGCCAUUGGCAUACAGCUGGUCAGAGAUCCUGUCAUGCUGCUGCUGGAUGAGCCCACGCAUGGACUGGAUCCGUUGAGCGCCUAUCUGCUGAUAUCCAUUCUAUCCAACACGGCCAAGAAAACGGGUUGUGGAAUUUUGCUCUCCCUAGAGAAACCCCGCUCCGAUGUGUUCCCCUUCCUGGAUCGUGCUCUGUUUCUGUGCCUGGGCGGUGUUGUCUACUCUGGCGGCACUCGCGCCAUGCUGGAGUACUUCCAUGGCAUUGGUUUUCCCUGUCCCCAACUGGAGAAUCCCCUCAUGUACUAUCUCUGCCUGUCCACUGUGGAUCGCCGCAGCCGCGAUCGUUUCCUGGAGUCCAGCCAGCAGAUUGAGGCGCUUGUGGAACGUUUCUCCCGAGAGACACCCAUCUCUGAUGCGCCUUUGAAUAACAUGGGAUCGGGCAAGGUGCCGCUGGCCUACGGCAAGCCGGGAGAGCUUAAAGUUUGGGUUAUGCUGUACUUGAAACUGCUGGCAUCAACCUUCUCCUGCGGUCUGGUUGGCAUGAAGACGCUUUUCCUGCGAUUGCUGCUGCUGCCCAUAGCCAUGAGCAUGCUUUGGGCUUUCUAUACAAAUGUGGGGGAUGAUGCUCAUGGCUUCUUCACCCGAAAUGGCAUGAUUCUGAACAUAUUGGGCUUGUCCUAUGGCUGCGGCAUACUGACUACCAUUACGCUAUUUCCCGUUUGGCGCAAGAAGCUCUCACAGGACACCCCAGAGGGCCUCUACUCUGGCACCACACUCCUUAUAGCCUACAAUGCAGUGUCCAUUCCUUUCUCUGCCGUGUCUGCUGUCAUUGCCAGCUGCGUGGUUUAUCCAUUGCUGCUGGAUUUGAAGUACAACAAUGGCAUUGUGUUUGCCUAUUUGCUUGUGGCACUGUGGUCCAGUUUCGUGCUCGCCGAACAGCUAUCCAUUGCCUUUUUGCUGGUGGUCAAGGUGCCCUUCAAUGCAGCCAUCGCGGUGACCUAUGCGCUGGUCAUCAGCAUUGCCCUGGCCAGUGGCACCGUUCGCUCCUUCAAGGGCCUACAACCCUGGCUGCAGGACAACACCAAGGGCACACAUACGCGCUAUGCAUCCUCGCUGCUGCACAGCAUCGCCUUUCAGACGCGAAAGUUGAAUUGCACGCCCACUGCCUCUGUCAUUUGCCCCAAGCCUACGGACUUUAUGCACGAGCGUCUAGGCUUGCCACAUCCAGAUGAAACAAUUGAUGUGGCUGCAUCCUGUGCGUUUGCCGUUGGCCUGGCUGCCUUCAAUAUGCUCGUUUAUUUGUUCCCCAUGCCGCGCUGUGUGCGACAAAAGUUCAAGGACUGAGUGCCGGCGUUCACCCACACUGCACAACAUGACUAACUUUAUUUAUUUUAAGCGUAUUUCACACAUAAUAAAACAAAACAAAAAACACAAUUGGCGGGCGAAAGAGGUUCAACAUCGAUAGUCACGAG